GAACGGACAGGAAGUGUACGGAAGUGGCAUGCUUUUCCAGCGGCAUCUGAGGCUCACGAUUUGCCCCACUACUGCCGCUGAGGGAGAUAAGCGUGCGCAGUACUAUUUUAUCCAGCGAGACGAUGAAACGGUCAACACUGUGAAAACAAGCUGUUUUAUUUAAACCUGUAUUUUCUUCUUGCUUAGGACAUUUUUUAUUUAGUAGAGAAUGGAGGGAAACCCAACAAGUGGCUCCGGCGUGAGUAAAAUGAAAGAUGAUCCCGGUUCGGCGAUGUCAGUAGAGAAUGACAGAAACCAUCAAUCCGGGCAGGACGGGAACUGCGGGACCGACGUGGCUCGAGCCCGCUGGACUCUCCUCAGACAGGUGCUGAAGCAGAAGCCAUUGGACAGCGAGGAGGUCCAGCGGGUGUCCGUCCGCAGGUUCUCGUCCUUUAACCUGUUCUCCAGGACCAGACUCACCGCCUUGGAGCCCGACGACCCCUCCGACGGGGACUGGGUUGAGUACAGAAGUGCCUCUUUCCCACAGUACAGUGCCUUACUCAGAGAUAACCUCGGACCAAUGAGAGUGGAUGAGGUCCUCAACAGUUUCGACAACACCGGGAAUGUCUGUGUUUGGCCCUCAGAGGAAGUGAUGGCACACUACUGCCUGAAGAGGCACCAUAUCUUCAGCGGGGCCACGGUAGCUCAGUCCUGGGGGGUUAUCCUGACUCACUCACACUCUGUGUGUCUCUCCUGCUCUGUCCCACAGAUUGCCAUUUCUGCUGAUGUGAAGGAAGUCCUGCUAUCAGAGAAUCCCAAGGCCAUUCAGAACGUGCGCUCCGUCAUCGAGCGGAACCGACGGGCCGGCCUCUUCGGCACCGCCUCCGUCUCCAGCAGCGUGGUGAGAUGGGACGACGAGGCGGACGUCACCUCCCUGGAAGGACACUUCGACAUUGUCAUGUGCGCCGACUGUCUGUUCCUGGACCGUUACAGGGCUGGCCUGGUUGAUGCAAUAAGGAGAUUACUGCGACCUAACGGCACGGGGCUGGUCUUCGCCCCUCUGCGCGGGGACACGCUGGCUGAGUUCUGUCAGCUGGCGGAGAGUGCAGGCUUCUCCGUGUGCAGGUACCAGGACUACGACGAGCACGUCUGGAGCCUCCAUUUAGAGCUGCAGCGUGGGGGGAAGGAGCUGUACGAUGAGAACAUCCAUUACCCUCUCCUCCUGACUCUCACCCUGGGCCCCCCCGCCCCCGGCCCCCUCUGAAGACCCACACAGCUACCCAGGGACAACAGGGUACCCCCGACUUGCCAAACGCCUCAACCCCCCCCCCCCCCCAUCACCCCACCCCGUGCAGACCAGGGUCUGUCUCACUGUGCCCCCUUCAGCUUUCCGCAGAAAUGACACCAGUGUGCCAGGGAUUGAGGAAAUUGAGGAACAUGUAUUAUUGUAUUAUUCUUUCUUGUAUUAUCAGGGGAAGGGGGGUGGAAGGGUGAUUAUGAGGUUAUUGUCUUUUGUUACACUAAUGUCUGCAGUAUAAUCCUGUCUCGCACACUUGCACUCACUCCCCACACUCGACUGUCGUGAAGCCUGACUGUGGCUGUUUAAAACCGGGCCCCACCCGGUCCCGUCCCGUCCCGCCCCGCCCGGUCCCGUCCCGUCCCGUCCCGUCCCGACCCGACCUCUUUACUGUUCCACGGAAUAAAAACGUGCCAUUUGAGAAAGGAGAGAACUUUGCGUCGCUCACGGAAGACCAAAGACCACCUGUCGCGUUCCCGUUCUGGAGAACUCCCGACAACAGGGCCGGGUGUCGUGUGAUCAGGGUGGGCAUCGUCAAAAUCGGGGCGAGUGUGAUUUUUACCACCGGGUCACACGCGUUAGUACUUCCUGUGUGCACAGGAAAGAGUGAAGCCUGGUAACAGAGAGAGGACCGGCUAGCCAGGUCCCUACCGUGCCUGCCCUGACCACACGCCCCUGCCUGCCCCACGGUAUUAAACGGUUAAAAGGUGUUUACGUCUGACUCUCACUGUGUUAUGGCCUCGCCGCCCUCCUCCGAGCCAAUCUUCUCCCCCAAAAUCCCUACACGGCGUCCAUUUUGGGGGGUGAAAGCAACAAACAGACCUUCUGCACUGACUCCGCCCGAAACGUGUUUACAACGCGGCGCUCUACCUGUCCGACAUUCGCCUCCAGCCAGUCCCUGUCCCGCCCAGAGAUCGUACAAAUCCUGUGCUCUUUUGUUUUCGUUUUUUUCUCUGCCGUGUAUCGGACACAGUCUCACACGUGUGAUUUUAUGAACAGUUAUUGUUUUACACGGAUGCAUCAGGUGGUUCUACUGACUGUGAAAUAAACAAGUUCUUGAAUUA